AUGUACCUGUUAUACGAACUGGGUAUUGAAUCUAAAUUACCAAUGCUAUUGUUGCCAGAUCGUUGCCAUUCUGCAGACGAUUUGGAAGUAAAAGAACAUAUGUACAAUGACAACCACGCCCACUACUGGUAUUGGAAUGAGAUUAGGGAUGAAAUUGGGAAUGAGAAUGAGAUUGGGAAUGAGAUUGGAAAUAAGACUGAGAUCGAGAUGGGCAUGAGAUUGAGAAUCAAAUUGAGAAUGAAUGAGAUUAGGGAUGAAAUUGGGAAUGAGAAUGAGAUUGGGAAUGAGAUUGGAAAUAAGACUGAGAUCGAGAUUGGGCAUGAGAUUGAGAAUAAAAUUGAGAAUGUGAUUGGAAAUAAGAUUGAGAUUGAGAAUGAGAUUAGGGAUGAGAUUGGGAAUGAGAGUGAGAUUGGAAAUAAGAUUGAGAUUGAGUUUGGGAAUGAGAUUGGAAAUGAGACUGAGAAUGAGAUUGAGAUUGAGAUUGAGAUUGGGAAUGGGAUUAAGAAUGAGAUUAGGGAUGAGAUUGGGAAUGAGAUUGGAAAUGAGACUGAGAAAGAGAUUGGGAUAGAGAAUGAGAUUACGAAUGAGAUUGUGAGUAAGAUUGAGAUUGGAAAUGAGAUUGGGAAUGAAAUUGGGAAUGAGAUUGAGAAUGAGAUUGGGAAUUUAAUUGAGAAUGAGACUGGGAAUGAGAUCGGAAAUGAGAUUGAGAAAGAAUACGAAUGGAUAUAA